UUCAGUUCACUUUAGCAAGAUCCAGUUUCGCGAGGACGCCGGAGUGUGAGAAAUUUCGUGUGGUCCAAAAACUUAACAUUAAAGAAGACGAUGGAGAACCGCCGCACUUCGCUUAUUUUCUUAUUUGUAUAUUUAUUUGUAAACAACGUAUUUAUUGUGAUCCAGUCAAAGGAACAUGUGCUGCUUGAUAUGAAGGCUGCCGGAAGUGAGUUGGGUUGGUUGACCUGGCCGAAUGAAGAUGGUUGGGAGAUUGUCCAGACGGUGGUGAACGGCUCUCUUCUUUACACCUACAGCGUGUGCAAUGUCGCCAAUGAAGUCGAACAGGACAACUGGCUUCGCACGACUUUCAUCCAACGUAGGCCCGACGUUUCUCGCGUCACCAUAGAGCUACGCUUUGUCGUCCGGGACUGCAGCUCGUUCGGCAGCUCUUCGCCGUCCUGUCGAGAAACCUUCGGCCUCUACCUAGGCGAAACCGACACGGAUGUCGGCACGAACUUUCGCAAAAGCCAGUUUAAAAAAGUAGCGACUGUAGCGCCAGACGAAGUAACGGCCAAUCGCGGAGGGGGCCGAGCAGAUCUACGGGUGAACGUUGAGAGGCGGACCAUCGGGCCCCUCUCCAGAAGGGGUUUCUACCUAGCGUUCCAGGAUCUAGGGGGCUGUGUUGCUCUCCUGGGUUUGAAGGUUUUCUACACCACCUGCCCAGCCAUGAUGAAAAACCUGGCCGCCUUCCCCGAACAGGUGGCGUCGGGUGCCUUGGCGGAGGUGGAGGGCACCUGUGUGAAGGACGCAGUGGUGGUUGGAGGCACUACUCCACGAAUGUACUGCACUGCUGAAGGAGAAUGGGUCGUUCCUGUGAGCCAGUGUAUCUGCCGAGCGGGCUACCAUGCUGUUGGAGAAACCUGCAAAGCUUGCGAACCGGGCUACUACAAGAGCACAGAUUCCAGCCGACCAUGUGAAGAGUGCCCGGAUAACACCCAACGCUCCGGUCACGGAGCGCUCUUGUGUCAGUGCCUGGAGGGCUUUUACCGGGCUCCCACAGAUCCCAACUCUGCACCCUGCUCUGCCCCGCCAAGCCCGCCCCAAGACAUAGGGUACACUUCACUUCUGACAGCGGGGAGUUUGCAACUGACCUGGCGCCCCCCAGCAGACACUGGCGGCCGCACUGACAUCACUUACAGCGUGGCAUGCGAUCGCUGCGAGGGUGGUCUGUGUUUGCCGUGCGGCAGUCGGGUGCGAUUCGAGCCCACGCAGACGGCCUUGAAAGACCCGGAGGUUGUGGUUAGUGAGCUCGAGCCUCACGUCAACUACACGUUUACAGUCGAGGCCCAGAGCGGCGUUUCGCAGUUCAGCCGGCAGAAAGCCACAGAGAGAAUCACAACGGUGCUUCAUUUCACAGAUGGUCCCAAGGUGUUGUAUCUGAGAGUAGAAGAUCGGACCACCAACAGUCUGACUUUAUCCUGGGUUGUGGACCACCAUUUGCAAAACCACCUCAGCCCUCGCUAUGAGCUCAUGUACCGCAAGAAGGAGGAUCCCGGAGAGCUAGAUUUCACCACCUACACCGUUCUGGUUCUGGAAAAGAAUUCAGUCCAGAUUAAGGACCUCUUACCGGGCACGAAAUACGUGUUUCGCGUUCACACUCUGACAGAUGAAGGUCAUCCCAGCAGCCACAGCGCCGAGCUGGAGUACGAGACGCAGCCUGUCGCAGAAUCUCAAACCCAGAAUAGUUCAAUGGUCAUGAUGGGAGCCAUCGCUGGGGGCGGAGUCAUGUUGCUUAUCGUGGUGGUCAUUUUGCUCCUGCACAAAAGGAGACUGAACUCGCAUGUCCGACAGAGAGUGGAUGGAGAUUACUUCUCAUGUCCAGAAAAACUCCUUCCUCUGACCACCUACAUCGACCCCCAUACGUAUGAGGACCCCUGUGUGGCCAUCCUCAAGUUUGCCAGCGAAAUUCAACCGAGUCAUAUCACCAAACAGAAAGUCAUUGGUGCAGGGGAAUUUGGUGAGGUGUUUCGUGGUUCUCUGACUGUACCAGGGCGCUCUGAGGUCGCUGUAGCCAUAAAGACUCUCAAAUCCGGUUACACCGAAAAGCAGAGACAAGACUUUCUCAGUGAAGCCAGCAUCAUGGGCCAGUUUUCUCACAAGAACAUAAUCCGCCUUGAGGGUGUGGUCACCAAAUUCAAACAUGCCAUGAUUGUUACAGAGUACAUGGAAAACGGAGCUUUGGACCAAUAUUUAAGGGACCACGAUGGUGACUUUUCCUCGUACCAGCUCGUGGGCAUGCUCGGUGGCAUAGCGUCAGGAAUGAAGUACCUCUCCGACAUGAACUACGUCCACAGGGACCUCGCAGCCCGCAACGUACUUGUUAAUGGCAACUUGGAGUGUAAAGUGUCAGAUUUCGGCCUUUCACGGGUGCUGGAGGACUUUCCUGAAGGAACCUAUACAACCACGGGAGGAAAAAUUCCUAUUCGUUGGACGGCACCUGAGGCGAUAGCUCACAGAAAGUUCACGUCAGCCAGUGACGUGUGGAGUUUUGGCAUAGUCAUGUGGGAGGUGAUGUCAUACGGAGAUAGACCCUACUGGGACAUGAGCAAUCAUGAGGUGAUGAAAUCCAUAAAUGAAGGCUUCAGGUUGCCGGCACCGAUGGGCUGUCCAUCAGCGGUCAACCAGCUUAUGCUACAGUGCUGGAUGCAGGACCGAUUUAAGCGGCCGCGCUUUGUUGAUAUCGUCAACUUGCUUGAGAAGCUACUUUCUAACCCAGAAUCGCUCUUGGCCAUUGCCAGUAUAGAUCCACGUGUUUCUAUUCGUCUACCGAGCACAAGCGGUACCGAUGGCGCCCCCUUCAGGUCAGUAGACGAAUGGCUGGAAUCGAUCAAGAUGGGCCAGUACAAAGAAACCUUCGCACAUGCAGGAAUUAAAACUAUGGAGCAAGUGUUGUGCUUGAAAAUUGAGGACAUUGGAAACAUCGGUGUGCGGUUGCCAGGUCAUCAGAAAAGAAUAGCCUACAGCAUUCUUGGCCUUCAAGACCCAACGGGAAACUUUAAUCUGUUUGCAGUGUGACCAUGUGAAUAUCUGUACUGUAUUUACUGAAUGCGCAGUUGAGCUGGCUCAAGCUGGACUAAACAAACUAGCUAUGAAAGUGUGAACAGUUUACUGAUAUUUUAUAAUUGUAUUUCAUCUCUCCUUUUUGAAACUUUUUUAUAUAUAGUUAAAUAUAUAAAUGCAUUGUAGAUAAAGCCUUACUUUUCUGUGUCACUUUAAAGCCAUAUUGAUUAAGUGGAUGUAUGAUGGUAUGGUUCAAGUACUGUAACUGUUGUCCUCAGCUCGGAUAAUCUGACAAAUGUCAAGAGCUGAACAACAACACUAUGAAGGGUACAUCAUAGUAACCUUGAGGACCAGGUCUUACUGUUUUAUGCCUUAUUGGCCAUAUAUUUCCAUAUAAAUGAUAUAUGAAUAUGGACAUAAAUGAUAUAUAAAUAUGUUCAUACCAGAGAUACUGGAUAUGUGGGAUUGAAGUUUUUCAAGUUUGUACAUUUACAGAUGUAUAAAGGUUAGGAAAAAUUAAAUGGUCUUUUUUUCAGUCAACGUGUUGACAGGCCUGUUUUAUAUUUAAAGAUAGCACGGGAUGUUUACAUGUUUAAUUUCAGCUCUUUUUUUAUUUAAUAUUUAUUUUUGUAUUUAUUGUCUGUGUAUGUAAAGAAAAUGAUGUACUGUAAAGUAGUAAAAUAUUUUGUAAAUCUUAA